GCUCCGCGUCCGCGCCGUGUCUCCCGGUCCCACCGCCCUGCCGGUCCCGGUCCGUGCCGUGCCGUGCCGCUAGCACCGAGACAGCUCCCCUCUCCUCUUCAGCACAAUGGCCUGCCAAGAGAGUGAGUACCUGGAUGACCAGAAGAAAUGUGUCCCCUGCAGAAAGUGCAUGCCCGGGCAGGAGCUUUCCAAGGACUGCGGCGACGGCAGCGGCGGGGACGCGCAGUGCGUGGCCUGCCCUCCCAGGAAGUUCAAGGACCGCUGGGGACAUCACGGCUGCAAGCCCUGCCUGUCCUGCGCCCUCAUCAACCGCCUGCAGAAGUCCAACUGCACCGCCACGGCUGACGCCGUCUGCGGGGAGUGCCUGCCGGGGUUUUACCGGAAGGCGCGGCUCAGCGGGCAGCUGGAAUGGGAGUGCAUCCCCUGCACCAAGCAGACACCAUCCUCCGAGCCACAGUGUCGGUCCAGAACAAACCUGGUGAGGGUCGCUGUCCCUACUGUACCACCACAGGACACAGCCCUCCUUGCACUGACCAGCAGUGCCCUGGUCAUCAUCGUCCUGGUGCUUCUGGCACUUUCCAUCAUCUACUGCAAGCGAUUCUGGAAAAGCCAGUGCCAGAGAGUCUUCCUGAGGACUCAGAACUUCUCGGGCCAGCGAGCAACGUUCCCAACUGCAGCAGCACCUGGCAGGUUCCUGUGUGAGGAGCAGAUGUCUGGACCCUGCUGCCUGGGUGUGAAGAAUUUGAGCCCUUGCUACAGGCAGGCGGAAGGCCCCGUGGAAGCGGUGCAGUUCAUUUCCGACGGGGAAGCCGUGGGUCUCCAGCUCCCCUCUCUCCAGCCAGAGAUGGACUUGCCACCAGCCAUGGCAGCCAGCACUGCCUCCAAGGCCCAGCUGGGCAGGAGCCUCCUGGAAAGCCAGCCCCUCAUCCGGGCCUCGGGCCAUGGCGACUGCCUGGACGGGGUCCUGCCGCCCCCCACACCCAGGCAGGGCCGGCCGGGCACGGUGGAGGCCCUGGCCCCCCUCUCCUCCUGUGCCUCCGAGAUGCAGCACAAGUGGCCACAUGCACCCGUGGAGUGCACUGAGCUGGACCUCCAAAAGUUCUCCACCCAGGCGGAAUUUGUGGGUGGUGAGCGGCUGGAGGACGCAGCAAGCCGGGCUGUGAAGAGGAUUCCAGCAGAGAGCGGUGGUGGGGUGCAGGAGGGGGCUCAUCACUUGCCCAUGGCUGAAAUCCCACCGGGGGAGCAGCCGGUGGAUGAUGCCCAGAGCCUGGUGACUCAGAUCAGCAGCACGGCCAGUGGUCUCCCGCUAGCAGAGCUGCCCCAUUCCUUGGUGCAGUCUCUUGCCUUCUUGUUGGACCCUUCCUUGAACGGUGUGAAGAACUUCAGCCACGUGGCCCUGGAGCUGGGGCUCAUGCCCCAGUUGCUGGGGCGGAUUUCGGGGUUUGAGCAGCUGGUGGCACACUUCACCUACGCGGGAGCCGCGGUCACCGUCCCGCUGCUGGCGCAGGCGCUGCAGCGGCUCCAGCGCUUCGACGCCUUGCUCCUGCUCUGCGACCACUUCACGCUCAGCCCCGCGCCGGACCGCCAGCGCUAGGGCACACCGAGGGAGGCAGGAAGCUCCAUGCACUGUUGCUCCUGUGAGAGAACACCCAGUGGCCUGCAGUCACACGACCUCCCUGGUGUGCGUGGCAGGAGCACACAGAGGUGGUCUGUGCAUCAUGGAAUGGACAUGACAGGGGUGUCUCUGCACAGGGGUUCAGGAAGCACAGCUGUGCUUUUCCCUGCUCCAUGGGGGAGGGCUUGCUCAGGCCCCUCCAGAGGCUGGUUUUCUCUAGCUGUGACACCCUUCUCUGUCAGUUGCUGUGCUGUGGUGCCCUGGCUCUGCAGUGAGCCCUGUCCUGCCCCACUGUUGCCAUGGGGCUCAGUGUCCAUGGGCAGUGCCCUCCUAUGAGCCCAACCAUCUCCUCCCUUCCAUUCCAGCUUUCCCAUCCUUCCUCUGGCCCGUGCUCUGCUUUCCUGGGUGCCAGUUGCCACUUUCUCAGUUUACUUUUCAGUUGCUUCUCUCCCUCUGUGCUGCGAUUUCCUUGGCCGAGGACCUGGCCAUGGCCGAUGUGCCGGGCUCCAGCCUUUGUACCUCUGUGCCACCCUGGCACCAUCCUCUCGUGCCCAUUUGUGGUGCAGUGUCGCAUCCUGGCAUGAGUUUCAGACUGACUCCCAGGAUGAGCUGACUUUAGCCCUCACUGGGCUGUGGCUGUUGGCCACGGGCAGGUGCUGGCUCACCCCAGCCCGUGGCUGUUCACUGCCCAUCGCCUCCGAGGCUUUGCAAACUGCCUGUGGUGGCACAGGGUGUCAGGGGCAGGGACACUGCACUGCGGGUGGCAGCUGAGGGCUGUGGCUGUGGUCACAGGCAGCAGUGACAUUCCUGUGCCAGCCACAGCAGCAGCUCCUCCAGAAGCUCCUCCUCUUUUAAAAUAAUAGUUUUCUUUUUUUUUUCUCCCUGCCUAAAAAUGGCCUGAUUUCUCAUUCCUGGGAGUUGCUACUGGGAAGGGGGACGCACCCUUCUGCUUGGUAUUUCAUCUUGGGGGAUUUGUCAUAACUUGCCAUGGUUUUGAUGUCGCCAGUCGCCCCAAUUUCAGUGUUGUGCCUGAGCCUGGAGGCUGCAGGCAGCUGGUGUGUUCUCUGUGCCCUGGCCUCUGGGGCUCUGCUGGUGGCCUUGGACAGGAGUGGGGCUGCAGGACCACGUUCCUGAGCGGGGCACAGCGGCACGGGGGCGGGCAGGCACUCGGGGUCAGGGGCUGCAGCUUCGAUCCCUCUACACGGGCCAUUCACUGAAGAGUUAGACCCCGUUAGAUCCUUGUGGUCUCUUCCAACUCAGGAUUCUGUGAUGUGGUGUCACCCUGGCUGUCCCGAGACUCGCAGACAGCAUCACUGGGGCCGAGCUGGUGGCACUUGCUUUGUCCCUCGCUGCCUGCCGAUGCUCUCUGCUGUCCUGCCUGUCGCCGGGGUCUCAGCCCAAGCCGGUGGUGUGGUGGUCACCAGCAAGUGGCACUGUUACCCUGCUGCCUGCUGGCCCCACCCAGGCCCCUCGGCUGAGCCCAAAGAAUUCUUUAUCUGACCACAGGACCUCAAAGAAGCAGAUACCCUUCUAGGAAGGCAGACUUCCCCCACACCUCGGGGAGUAAUAGCUGCUGGUGUUUCCUUUCCUUGUUUAAAGAUGUUGGGGCUUGAACACACCCAGGAUGUGCUCAGAUAAGCAAAGGCAUGGGCAGUUUGAGCUGGACCUGGUACUUUCCCUCACUGCUUGUUUCUUCCACAGUCAAGGUCGUUUUAUUGCUCUUUGCUCUCCAAGACCUACAGCGUUGAACUUUGAGCCAUCAUGGGGCCAGGAUUAGUCAGACUCUUGCUGCACUCUUGGCCUGUUAGGGAGUGUUGCUAUAGCACACACAGCCUGGGGCCAGGGAUUUCCUGUUUGAGGCUUUUCUGUGGCAGGGAGAGUGCUGGGUUUAAUCACCUCACAAAAUCCAAUAAAUAUUUAAUCCCUCUGUGGACAUAGUCACUUCCAGUGGGAAGGAAAAUAACUUCACCCACUGCCUCUGAGUAAGAGCCUCCCUACAGCUUAGCUUGCUGUCCCCGGCUUUGAAGUUGGAGCUGGACUGGGCAGCUUGCCCUGUGUGUUCCUGUGUCACCAGUGCCACCAGCGUGUGGUCACUUGGAGUGCACAGAGCAGUGGCAGGAUGGCAGAGCCAGCCCACCCCUGUCACAUGGCAGUGCCAGGAGCAAGAGAUGGGCAGGAAGGGCUGUUAAAUUGGAGCUGUGGAUGAUGGGGACAGGGCACAGGCGAGUGCUGCAAAUUUCUUCACAUGCUGGGCCAGUCCAUAGGUGUGCCGGGGGAGCUCUGGGCCAGGCAAAUGAAGUGAGGCUUUAGUUCAUUUGUUUGGGGUUUUUUAUCACCUUUAUAAAGAAAUCAACCUCAUUUUCUUGAUAGCUUUUAAGAUAAACUUAUUUUUCAAUUGUUUGAUGUCUGAGCAAUAUUACUUAUGGUCAAAACUCACCCCGUGCCAUGAGGGUGCAGCGCAUCGGGGGUGUGGGUACGGGCCAUGCCAUACAGGGUCUGUAGGGUGGUGUGUGCCAUGCCACAGCUCCUGCCCCUCUGGUGCUGCCCCUCAGGCCCAGGCUGUGCUGCCCAGCACUGGCUGGCAGGAAUGUUUUAUGUGUUUGGCCUGUUCUGGGUUUCCCCUCAGAGCUCCACACGUGGUGCAGGUCACACUGGCUGGUGCUCCAGCAGGGCUGGGCGCUGCACAGGAGCAUUGCAGGACGUGGCUCUUCAGCAGUGAGGCUCCCCCAGCUCCCCACUCGCUGUGCUCAUGGCAGGCACCUUCCUUCAGCUGUGGUGACAAAACCAGCUGUGUUUACAAGGGCCAAAAGUUCAACAGGUAGCCUUUAGCCCACCCUAAGACCCCUUGGCCAGGCUGCCUCGAGCCCAGCCAGAGCCCUCAGGGAACCAUGAGAGCCUCAAAAACAGGGAUAAUGCUGUGACUCAGACAUCAGAACAACAGUGAUCCCUGAGCAGGGAACUGCUUCACUGGGGAACCAAUGGACUUGAUACUUGACUUUUGCUUUUUAAUAGUAUUUUCAACAUAGUACGUAGAAUGUAAGGUAGGGAAAUUCCUGUAGUGCUGGAUCUCAUGUCACAGCCUCAGGAAGCCAUUUAUGCCAAGCUGGCAUGGCUCACAGAGAGGUGAAAGAAAUGAAAUAACUCUGAAAUCUGUGCAAACUUGAGCUAGGACUGAACAGUGGAAAUACUCCAGUGCAAUGGGGUUUUUUUUAAACAAGUGAUUGGUUUCCACACCAGUCUUGCCUGGAAGUCUGAUUUGCAGAGGAAUUUGUAUGAUAAGUUUAAAUCCAGCCCUGUUCUGGGAAGCUCUUAAGCAUAGACUUAAAAUAGGCACAUACUUCACUGUUGUUAAAGUGUUUAUUCUGGUGAACAAUUGGUGAACAUCCCUCGGGUGUUGUUCCUGAACAGGGGCCUUGUGAGAGCUGUCCCUCCAAUGUGCUUUUACAGAAAUAGGCAAUACUGAAGAAAACUUAGUGUUACUGAUCUGGUCACACUUCUUGGAGGAGUCUGCAAGUGUUGGGGGAAGGUACCCCGUCUGUGUUGGAUUAUUUAAUACUUCAGACUCUGGUGCUUUUUAAAAAAAAUAAUCACUACAUUUCUGUAGCCAUGGUUUACCCAAGGGACUACCUGUUGUAUUUUAUGGUAGAUGUUAUUUUUCUUUAAGGUUACGAAUAGGUUAUUUAUAUUUUUGUAAAUUCUGUGCCAUUAUCGUUGUAAUUCUGCUGUAGCAUUGUUUCUAUUGGGUUUGGGGUGUUGUCUGUGUUCAAAUCAAGCAGAAGCUGAAGCUCCUGCCCCCUGUUAAUGGAAGGGGGUUGGUCCCUCACAUUCCUCCAGACCUGGUGCUCUUGAGUGAUGUGUGUUUGUAGUUCAAUAAAUUUUGGAGCCAGA